GAAGAAGAACAACCCAAUUCAAUAGGGAAGUUGUACGGAAAUGUUCAUAAGCUCCCUAUAACCGGUCGAUAUGUACUGUACACAUUACCCAUCGCUAUCAUUCUAGCCAUACCAAUUGGCACUCUGGUUGCAUUGAAAAGCAUUAAGGGCACUGAACCGAAGCUCGGCGAACAGACUGUAAACACUGACGCCGGAAAAGUUGUUGUCACCGGCCUGCGCCUUUUGGAUCUCUUCGUAUGGGCCGAAGCCACCUGGAUCUCGCUAUGGGGAGCUAAAGCAUUUGCACAUGUCCUACCUUCCAUGAUAAAGUUCUUCUGUGGCGUCGUUAGCGUAACCAAGCCUAGGUAUGAAAGGGCUCUCUACUUGCUUGAGAACUAUAUCAUGGCGUUCCUGGCCUUCUUGGCCUCAUGGAUGACAUAUAAGGCUGUCAUGGAGAGAGGCCAUGGCCACUUUCAAUGGGUCACAACUUGUAGUAAUAUCCUCGUAUCCUGCUUCAUCUCAUCAGGGGUUCUUCUCGGGGAAAAGGUGUUUAUACAGCUUGUGUCGAUCAGCUACCAGCAACAGUCCUUUCAGCUCCGGAAAACAGGGAACAGAGAGGAUGUGGACAAUCUUCAAGAGCUUUAUAAGGAGGCCAUGUCGCCGCAGGCAGCACAACGUGGGUAUAGGAACUACAUUAAAGAGCUCGUGAUGAAAGAUCCCGUAGACGAUCAUAAUGUGUCCAAAAUGCUGAAAGAGGGGGCCUCUACCGAGCAGCUCGCUGCCACUAUUUGGGAGGCUCUUGGUCUCGAAAAGCACGACACUAUUUCAAGAAGCCGCUUUCAUGGUAACCUAAAGCCACUCAAUCAGCUGUUCAGUCGCAGCCCUGCCACUCAAAUUCUAUCAAAUGAAGAGUGGGGUCGCAGGGUUAAAGAGAUUGGACAGGAGUAUCGUGCAAUAACUAGCAAUGAGACCGACAUGGCCCAAGCAAUUAGAUCUCUGGACAAGGUCUGCUUAUGCCUUGUCGUUUUUAUGGCUUUUUUGAUUUUCUUCUCGUUCCUUCAAGCAUCAUUGUUAACAAGCAUCGCAACAGCCGGGACGAUGAUACUGUCAAUGUCGUUCAUGUUUGCAGUGACGGCUCAGGAGUUCCUUGGGUCCUGCAUAUUCCUCUUUGUAAAACAUCCAUAUGACGUUGGCGAUGAUUUAGUCGUUAUGAACACCGAAAGGGAACAGCUCAUUGUGAUAAAGAUAUCUUUGCGUUUCACCAUUUUUUCUCGCUCCGACACGCAAGAGACUGUGCAGAUCUCUAACAUUAUCCUGAACAACUUGUUCAUUGAGAAUCGAUCCCGGAGUAAGGUAAGUCGAACGGCGAUCAAGAUAGAUAUCCCUCGAAGUCGGUCUAAUGCCAAGUUGGAGGGGCUCCUGAACAAGUUCGUCCAGGAGGACGACAAUUCGCCAUAUUGUCAUCCAAACGUUAAGGUCUUUCAGGUCGGUCUGGGUGAUGAAGAAAAGCUACAGUGCUCCAUAGCAAUCGAGCAUAAGGUCGCGCUUCUAGAUGUGAAGGUCCGAGUAGCUCUAAACGACAGAUUGAUG